GGCGCUUUUGUCAGCCUACUGCAUCAGAAACAUAUAUAUUUUUAAAAACAGUAAAAUUAACCCUGUUGGUGUUGUUUGUCGUCGCCCUGGAAGAUGGUGGCUAAGCAGAGGAUUCGCAUGGCCAACGAGAAACACAGCAAGAACAUCACGCAGAGAGGAAACGUCGCCAAGACGCUGCGACCGCAGGAGGAGAAGUACCCCGUGGGUCCCUGGCUGCUCGCCCUCUUCGUCUUUGUUGUUUGUGGAUCAGCCAUAUUUCAGAUCAUUCAGAGCAUCCGGAUGGGGAUGUGACCCAGGGGGGAAGCUUUGGACCCCCGCCCCCUUCCUCACGCCCUCACUGAGCCCGGCUAGCCUGCGCCUGCACACCUACGACCCCGGUCCCCCUCCAGAGACCCCGGACGCAAAGUUGGAGGGAGAAGACCCGUUUCUCCCUCCGGACCAAGCCCCGCCCCCCGCACCGGAUCAGCGUUUACAGCGUCGCAGUCUGUGGUUCUGACAGCUUUUCUAUGAACAGUGUGAAACCACGCCGGCUGGAGAACACCUCAUCUGCUUGGCACCUGUGUGGGUGUGUAUGAAUAUAUAGAUGUGUGUAAAUAAAUAUAUAUGUGUGUGUGUAUAUAAAUAUAUAUGUGUGUGUGUUGCUGACAAUGUGCCAUAUUCAUCUGUAAGUUUUUUUUAAAUAAAUGUUGAGCAAAUGGAGAACACCUACUUCUUCACAUACUUAAUUGUAUUUAGUUUUUAGAGCCAGGUUUUUGUGCCUAGCCCAACAUGAACAAUUUGACCCCAUCUGCAUUGUUUGGGUUUUUACUUUGAUAAAAACGUUUAUUUUUAUAUAAAGCCCAGUUUUGUUACACUAAGAUAUUUUAGUCAAGCUGUGGAAACUCCGUUUAUAGGUUCACCAAACUGUUAAUUUGUAAUAAAUAGGUGAACUCAGUCAUUUUGCAAACACUACUCAAGUCUAGUAUCAGAUCUCCUUGGUCCUGUGCGUACACAAAUAUAAAAAUAUGACUAAAUCGACUCAUGUUUGCAGGUAAAAUGUGCUAAAUAAUAGCUCCCAUUUGCUCGAGUGCAGCUUAAACACAGGAAAGAGACGACCAACCAGCUGUUUGGUUUUUUUUCCUUUCUUAAGCAUGUUUAUUGAAAGUUGUGAGGUGCAGCUGUCAAGUGCAAUUGUAGGUAUUUAUGUCAUCACAUCCGGUCGUUGAGGAAACAUGCACAGAACAUGAGCAUACAACUGAUACACAGAAUUAAAAAAGAAAAAAAGA